CCCCCACCGCAGCCGAGCCCACCUUUCACAAAGCUUGCGACUACUCCCAUCACUCGGCCACAUCUUUCUACUGCCGCCUCGAACAGCAACUAUGAAGCUCAUCGUCACUGCCCUCGCGCUAGCUGUCGGCCUCGCAACCGCCGCACCAGCCAAUGGCGUCAACGCAGACACGUACACCGCCGAUAUCGAGACCCUACCCAAUCCCGAGAAGCGUGCGCCUCGCUUCUCCUGCGGCCAGUACAAGUUCGACGAUGACAUCGUUCAAGAGUUGUACAGUCAAGUGUGGGCAGGCUAUCAAGCAGACCAGAUGAUCUGCCGCUACCUCAAGUACGAGUCCCGUGACAAGAAGGGCCAGGAAGGCAAGAUGGUUGCUGCCAAGAUCGACAAGGGCUGCACCUGCUUCUUCUACGAGAGUCCGUGUGACCCCAACAAUGGUCUCGCCGAGAUCUGGGAGGGCUGGGUGGGCUGGCAGAACUACAUUGACACGGACAAGAAUUUCAGGGGUUGGUACUGCUUUGAGCAGAACUGAGUAUGCUCAAGAAACAAAGGCGCAGCUUUAACACUCCUGCACAUGAUAUUUCGUACGAUGGAGAGUUCUAGGACAGGAUAUCUGAG